CCUGCCGCCACGGCACCGCGCCGCCGACCCGGAUGCGGAAGCGCCGCCCGGCGGGGGAAACUUCCGGUCACACCGGAAGUCGUUUCACGGCCUUUCCCGAAGCUUGGAAACCGGCGCCGCUUGGCCGCAGUUUCGCCCAGCCGAGAGGGAGAGCUCGGGGGCGGGGGAGAAAGGGAGGGAGUUGCUGGCCUACCGACCGGCGGACAGAGGCCUCUCCGUCCGAACCCGGAAGCGCGCCUCGGGCGGUGGGCGGGGAGUGCGGACGGUGGGCGCCCGGGGACAAACUUGUCCACCAUGCGCGGCUUCGCCCUGGAGCAGCAGAAGCGCCUGGCCGCCAGUCUGGUCCGCGUCCUCGCGCUCUACCGGCCGUUGACCGACGCCUACGUCAUCGUAAGCCCCGCCCCCUCCCGCUCCCGCUCUCCCGGGGCCGGUGGUCUCCGCUGAGCCGCCCCGCCCCCGCCUCUCUCUUUCUCUCUCUCUCUCUGCAGGAGUUCUUCAGCGACGACCUCUGGGGGCGCCUCCCCCGCGGCUGGCAGGCGGCGCUGGGCGAGCUCUCCCCGCCGGAGGUGGCGGCGCUGCUGCUGCGGAAAGGCCGCCCGGGCGAGCUGUGGCCGCUGUCGCUGCUGGCCUUCCGCGCCGCCGCCCACGCCCUGCCCUUCCCCCGCCGCCCCGCCGCCGCCGCCCGCGAGCCCCCGCUGCCGCCCCGCUUCCGCAGGCACCUGCGGCCCAAGAAGCAGCACGAGGUCCGGCAGCUGGCGCAGGUGCUGAAGCGGCUGAGCGAGCUGACCGGGUGCCGCCGGGUGGUGGAUGUGGGCGCCGGACAGGGCCACCUCGCCCGCUUCCUGGCCUUUGGGCUGCGGCUGUCGGUCACGGCCGUGGAGGGAGACGCCCGGCUGGUUGCUCAGGCCGCCAAGUUUGACCGGGCGCUGGCUCUGGAGCUGGAGAAAGAGCGUGCCAGGCGGCAGGCUCCAGACACCCCUCCUGUCCAGGGGCCGAGCCUCGUGGUGGGCUGGAUCAAUCCGGACACUCCGUGGCCAGAGUUCGUGCAGCUGCUGCGCUCGGGGAAGGCCGUGGGAGAUGGGAGUUCGCGGGGAACAACCUCAGGCCGCCAACCCACCCAGCCUUGUGAACCGAGGGAAACUGAGGCUGGAAAGGGAGGUGCAGACCGUGGGGGGAAUGGGCCAGACUCCCUGGAGCAGAACCCACCAACCCACCUGCAAGCACAAUACCCCCAGGGGCCGCUUUUGCUCACUGGCCUGCAUGCCUGCGGGGACCUCAGUGCGACCCUCCUCCGGCUCUUUGUGGCCUGCCCCGACAUUGUGGGCAUCACUUCCGUGUCCUGCUGCUACAUGAAGCUGAGCACCGGAGAGGGCACCCAGCCCGGCUACCCCCUGAGCAACUGGGUGGCUGGUCUGCCCGGCCACCAGCUCUCCUACAAGGCCCGGGAAGGUGCCUGCCAUGCCAUGGAGGACUACAUUCUGCGGCUGGAGCACAACAGUCCUUCGCUCAAGACGCACUGCUACCGGGCCAGGCUGGAGACCCUGAUCCGGGCCAUUGAUCCCACCAAGAAACGCCUUGGGGUGCAGGCCAUUCCCAAGACCCACGAGAUGACUUUUGAGCAGUAUGCUCGUCGGGGACUGGAGCGUGUUGGGAUGAGCCCCAGUGGGCCCCUGGAGCCAGCCUCUCCAGCUCAGCAGCAGCGGGUGGUGGUCUUCUUCAGCCUUGCUCUCCUGCUGGCUCCCUUGGUGGAGACCCUUAUUCUCCUUGAUCGCAUGAUUUACCUGCAGGAGCAAGGUUUCCCCUGCGAGCUCGUCCCUCUCUUCAACCCAGCGCUCUCUGCCAGGAACCUGGUGCUGGUGGCUGCCAAGAAGGUGCCGCCCUCCGACCUCUGGGGCCUGGCCGCAGGAGACUGAGGAGGCUCCUGCUCUAGAUGAGUCUCUUCUCAGUGUCUGAUGCAGAAGAAGCGAAAGGACUUGGCCUUAUCGUCCCCCGGAGUGUCCCGUUGCACCCUAGCCAAACAAGCCAAUGGACCUUUUGGAGGACGACGAGGGAGCGGCCCAAAAUGUUUAUGUCUCUCCCGUCUGUUGUGCAUUUGUAACGACAAUACACUUGUUUUUCUAUUAAGGGGUAUUUAUUAUUGGUUGCUUCUUAGCCUUUAAUAAAAGACGGCCUGUGAACACU